AUGGUGAGUAGCAAGUUAACCAUCUUUUUGUUCAUUGGACUGCUAGCAGCUUUUGCUACUUGCAUUUCAGCUACACAAUUCAUUGUUGGAGACGACUAUGGCUGGACUCUCAACUUCGACUAUCAAGCUUGGGCUAAAGGCAAGGAGUUUGUGGUUGGAGACAAGAUCGUUUUCAAGUAUCCGUAUGGGAAGCAUAAUGUGUACAAAGUGGAUGGAAAUGGUUUCCAACGAUGUGUUGCGUCUGCCACCAAUGAGUCUUUAUCUAGUGGAUAUGAUGUGAUAACGCUUGCAACACCCGGAAGGAAAUGGUACAUUUGUGGUAUCGGUAACCAUUGUGUGUCGGGUGGAAUGAAGUUAGUCAUUGAUGUUACGCCUCAGUGGACACCGGCACCAACAAUUGCGCCUUCAGCUUCAUUUCCUCUUGCACCCGCACCUGGCCCUUCUAGUCCCCUUUCUGGGAAUGUGUUCAUGGUCGGAGAUGCUAGUGGUUGGACUUUAAAUUUUGAUUACCAAACUUGGGCAAUGGGAAAAGAGUUCGUCGUUGGAGACAAACUUGUUUUUAAAUACCCGGCCGGAGUUCACAACGUGUACAAAGUGAAUGGAACGGGCUUCCAACAAUGUACUACUAUGGGUUCUAAUGGAGCGCUAAGUAGCGGACAUGAUGUGGUGCCCUUGACAACCCCAGGAAGAAAAUGGUACAUUUGUGGUGUCGGAAAGCAUUGUGAAAAGGGAGGCAUGAAGCUUGUGAUCGAUGUACUACCUCAAUCAACGGUUUCUCCUUCUCCUAGUCCAUGGAGUUCAUACAAUGGAGCCGCUAGAAGGUUGGGAGGAAUUUUGGCUUAG